AUGCGCGGGGCGGCGCGGCCGGGGCGGCCAGGCCGGGGCCGCGUCCCCGGAGCCCGCGGCCUGAGGUCGCCGCCGCCGCCGUGGCUCCUGCUGGCCCCGGCCCCGUGGCCCCCUGCCCUGCCGCCGGCGGCCGCGGGGCCCAGCGUGAGCCUCUACCUGAGCGAGGACGAGGUGCGCCGGCUCAUCGGUCUUGAUGCAGAACUUUAUUAUGUGAGAAACGACCUUAUUAGUCACUAUGCUCUGUCCUUUAACCUGUUAGUACCCAGUGAGACAAAUUUCUUGCACUUCACCUGGCAUGCGAAGUCCAAGGUUGAAUAUAAGCUGGGAUUCCAAGUAGACAAUUAUGUGGCUAUGGACAUGCCCCAGGUCAACAUUUCUGUUCAGGGGGAAGUUCCACGUACUUUAUCAGAGUUUCGGGUCGAACUUUCCUGCACUGGCAAAGUAGAUUCUGAAGUUAUGAUUUUAAUGCAACUCAACUUGACAGUAAAUGCCUCAAAAAACUUCACAGUCUUAAAUUUUAAGCGAAGGAAAAUGUGCUACAAAAAACUUGAAGAAGUAAAAACUUCAGCCUUGGACAAAAACACUAGCAGAACUAUUUAUGAUCCUGUACACGCAGCUCCCACCACCUCUACACGCGUGUUUUAUAUCAGUGUAGGGGGUUGCUGCGCAGUGAUAUUUCUUGUAGCAAUAAUAUUGGCUGUUUUGCACCUUCAUAGUAUGAAGAGGAUUGAAUUGGAUGACAGCAUCAGCGCCAGCAGUAGUUCCCAAGGCCUUUCUCAGCCAUCCACCCAGACGACACAGUACCUGACUGCUGACACACCCAACAAUGCAACUCCCAUCACCAGCUCCUCAGGUUAUCCCACCUUGCGGAUAGAGAAGAACGACCUAAGGAGUGUCACUCUUCUAGAAGCCAAAGCCAAGGUGAAGGACACGAUAUCCAGAGAGAGGAUCACUUUGAAAGAUGUACUCCAAGAAGGUACUUUUGGACGUAUUUUCCAUGGGAUUUUAGUAGAUGAAAAAGAUCCAAAUACAGAAAAAGAAGCACCCUAGGAGAAACUUCAAACAAGUGGCAAGUUCAUUCAUUCAUUUUUCUUGGAAUUCAGAUUGAGCUUACUAUACAAUAAAUAAAUAAAUGCCAAGCAUUCUAUAUGUGGUAGGCUGUGGCAGAAAGGGGUCUACCAGAAGUAACAUACAAAUAUCAAUAUUAUGUGACGUCUAGGAUCUUAGAUCUCACCUGAGACAACAAAUACUAGCAUCUGAGAAGUCCUGAGGCUUCUACACCUGUUCAGAAAGGCAGUAACUGCUCUUGUAAUGAGGUGGGCCUCUGUUCCUCUUCCCUGAGAAGAGUUUUGUACAGUUUUUGUACAGCAAAACACCCAAGAGCUAUGGUGGACAAUCAGACCUGGGACCAAGCUAGAACUCAAAUGUGAGUAAAACCCAAACCUUGCCUCUCCAGUUGUCUGUGUCUUUUGGUCUCAGGCUCCGUGUCAGGCUCUGCAUGCUGACUCUUGUGAGGAACCAGGCUCAAGAACCCUCCAGGCAAACAUGAGCAAUCACUGUGUCUUUCUGUUGAGACCAAGAAUCGGUCCUGGAGGGAGAGUAGUUUGUCUGCCAGAUCCAGAAAUGUCCUGGGGUACAUCCUAACAUGUUCUGGGCAGAGUUUACCCAAGCUCAAAAGGGGAAACUCAGUUUUUGUAAAGGAGGGAAGUUAGAAGGCACCACUGUGUGAAGGCUUUGGCGAUGGGACGGUGCUGGAGAUCAUUCGUGACACAGCUGCACCAAUUGCCUCCAUCUUCCCACCAGAUAAGGGAAUGCUGAACUCCGGCACAGUCUCUAUUGUCUGCAUAGCGGAUAAAUUCUACCCCAGUGAAAUCGUUGUCACCUGGAAGGUGGGUGGCGUCACCCAUACAACUGGUAUCCAGGAGAGCAAAACACCACAGAACUGCUCAGACAAUACCUACAGCCUCAGCAGCAUUCUGACGCUGAGCACUACACAGUACAACAGCAACGAUGUGUACACCUGUGAGAUAACACAUGCAGGCCUGACCUCACCACUUGUCAAGAGCUUUAACAGGAAUGAAUGCUAAAGCCAGACACUCACCCAGCACCAUCAGCGGAUCCUGAGGCCCAGUGUCGAUGCUUCCCUGCCCUCGGUGGACCCAGCCCCCACUGCAGUGCAGUCCUCCAGCCCCUCACCUCCUGUGCCCUCCCCACCCCUUCCUUGGCUUUGAUCAUGCGAAUAUUGGUGGGGGAAAUGGAUAAAUAAAGAGAAUCUUUGCACCUAUUA